AUGAAAACAAAUGAUAUUUUUAAUGAAUCGAGAAUACAAGAAAAUUUAAAAUUAAAGAAAAAUGACUUAAAUAGCUAUGAAAUUAAUAACGAACAAAUAUUAGAAGAAUUUGAAAUAAAAAGUAAAAUAAGGAAAGUUUGCGUAGGAAUACCAACAAAAGAUUUAGAUGUGAAAAAUAUUUUAAGAUUGUUAAAAGAACCAAUUUGUUUAUUUGGUGAAGAUAGCUAUGAUAAAAGAAAAAGAUUAAAGAAUAUACUAAUUACUAAAUAUAAUAAAUUAAUCAUUAAAAAACAAAGUGAAAAUGAGGAAGAAAUAGAAGAAUUUCAAAACAUUUUAAAAAAAUAUUAUAUUGACUUUAGUAAUUUGUAUGAUUUAAGUUCUUCAGAAUUCACAAAAGUAAAUGAUUUUGAAGAAGAAUUAAAAAAAAAAACAUUAAGUAAGCAUAUUGCAAUAAGUAAAGAAGAGGAUAAUAAUUUAAAAGAAAAGUUUUAUACUGAAAGUACAGAAGAAUUGAAAUUAGCAAGAAUAGAUAUAACGAUAAAUACUUUGCCCAGAAUAUUUUUAUAUAAAGAAAUGAUAAAUAAAUUUCAGAAGAAGUAUUCUAAAGAAGAUUUUGAAAAUUAUAUAACAUCUUAUAAUGAAAAUAUGAAAAAUUAUUUAGAUUUAUAUAUUUCUCAACUGGGAGAUGAUAGACCCUUAACCAUGGGAAAAUUUUCUCCUGAUAAUAGUGUUUUUGCUGUUAGUAGUUAUAAUACCUAUAUAAAUAUAUUUAACUACAGAAAUGAUAAUUAUAAUUUAAUAAAAACUCUUAAAAAAGGUCAUGAUGAUAAGAUAAAUUGCAUAGAAUGGAAUUUUCCAAAUAAUUAUUCAUAUUAUAGUACUUUAAAUUAUAAUAAUAUAUCAAAAAAAGAUUUAUUGCUAGCUUCUUGUUCAUCAGAUAAAACAUUUUGUAUAUGGAGACCAUUUUUAAGUGAUGAAGAAAAUAUUUCUUCAAAUAAAAAAAAUAGUGAAGCUAAGAAAAGGAAUAGUGAUGAUUCUAAUGAAGCAUAUAAUGAGAAAAUAGGAGAAAAAAAAAAUGAUGAAAAUUAUGAUGAACAAAAUCAGGAAGAAAUAAAUUAUAAAGACGAAAAAAAUGAUCAAAGUAGUAAAAAUUUGUUAUGUAAGGUAAAAGCACAUGAAGACAGAAUAAAUAAGAUAUGUUUUCACCCAUUAAAUAAGUAUGUAUUAACAUGUUCAGAAGAUGAAACUAUAAAAUUUUUUGAUAUUGAAACAAAUAAAGAAUUAUUCUAUCAAGAAGGUCACAAUAGUAAUGUUUACUCAGUUGCUUUCAAUACAUAUGGAAACUUAUAUUUAUCAGGAGAUACAAAAGGUGGAUUAAUGCUAUGGGAUAUUCGAACAGGAAGAAGUAUAGAAAAAAAAAUUGUUCAUAAUAAAUGCAUAAUGAAUAUAAAUUUUAAUCCGUUUAUAUCAAAUAUGUUUUGCACUUGUUCAUCUGAUAAUACUAUUAAAGUAUUUGACUUAAGAAAUUUUCAAACAUCUUGUAAUAUAUUAGCUCAUAAUAAAAUUGUUACUGAUGUCAUUUUUGAGCCAAUGUAUGGAAGAUAUAUUACUUCCAGUUCUUUUGACACUUUUAUUAAAAUAUGGGACUCCGUAAAUUUUUACUGCACAAAAAUUUUAUACAACAAUGAUAACAAAGUUAGAAAUGUUGAUAUUUCCCCAGAUGGUAAUUUUAUUUCUUCCACAUCUUUUGAUAGAACAUGGAAAUUAUACAAAAACAAAGAAUUUUCUGAAGAUAAUAUUCUAUCAGAUUUUUUUUAA